GUUGCCCUGCGGGUCCCGGGGGAGAAGGCGGCGCGCAACGAGCGGAGGAAGGCGCCCGGGAGCCGGAGCGGGCGCGGGAGCUGUAGGCCGGAAAGCACUCUUUUUAGGUCUCCCGGUGACGUCAGAAAUGUCUUCCUUAAGUGGGAAAGUCCAAACCGUCCUGGGCCUUGUGGAGCCAAGUGAACUGGGCCGCACUCUGACCCAUGAACAUUUGACAAUGACCUUUGACUGCUCUUACUACCCACCUCCUCCCUCUCAUGAAGCUACCUCUAAGGAACCUAUUAUGAUGAAAAAUUUAUUUUGGAUUCAGAAAAACCCUUAUUCCCAUAAAGAGAAUCUUCAAUUGAAUCAGGAGACAGAAGCCAUAAAGGAAGAAUUGUUGUAUUUUAAAGCCAAAGGCGGAGGAGCCUUGGUGGAGAACACAACCACCGGGAUUAGCCGAGAUGUGCAGACUUUGAAGUGGCUUGCGGAAGAGACUGGCAUCCAUAUCAUAUCCGGAGCUGGGUUUUAUGUGGAUGCAACUCACUCUUCAGAGACCAGAGCCAUGUCAGUGGAGCAGCUUACUGAUGUCCUCAUUAAUGAAAUUCUCCAUGGAGCUGAUGGAACCAGUAUCAAGUGUGGUGUUAUUGGGGAAAUUGGUUGCUCCUGGCCUCUGACCGAGAGUGAAAGAAAGGUUCUUCAGGCAACCGCUCAUGCUCAGGCUCAGCUUGGCUGUCCUGUUAUCGUUCAUCCUGGAAGGAAUGCAAGUGCACCAUUUCAGAUUAUCCGAGUGUUGCAAGAAGCAGGAGCAGAUAUCUCCAGAACGGUUAUGUCACACCUUGAUAGGACUAUACUUGAUAAGAAGGAACUACUGGAGUUUGCUCAACUUGGCUGUUACUUGGAAUUUGAUCUUUUUGGUACCGAACUCCUUCAUUACCAAUUCAACCCGGCUAUUGACAUGCCCAAUGAUAAUAAAAGAAUUAAAAGGGUGCGUCUUCUGGUGGAUGAAGGCUAUGAAGAUCGAAUUCUGAUGGCACAUGACAUACACACGAAGCAUCGGCUCAUGAAAUAUGGAGGUCAUGGCUAUUCUCAUAUACUUACCAACAUUGUUCCUAAAAUGUUGCUUAGAGGUAUAACUGAGAACGUACUUGAUAAGAUACUAAUAGAGAACCCUAAGCAAUGGCUAACUUUCAAAUAGGAUGGUUGUUUAUGAAUUCACACGUUGAGUAUAGAGCUUGCAGAGAACAUUCAGUGAUUUCAAACCCUCUGUGAGAUGUUAAUCAGAGCUACGUAGGACUAAUGAACAAUCAUUUCCUUUUUAUGAGAUUUAGAAGAGUUUUGUCUUCUCAGAAACUGGCCGACUAUUACAUCUGCACCUUUAGGGAUUUAUUGAGCCUAAUUGAGCCCUACUGUUUUGCCUUAACAAUAUAACUACAGAAGUACCGAUUUCCAAACAAUUAUCUACAGUCUGUAUCCCCUAAUUUGUUUUGUUUUGUUUUCUUAAUCUAUCAGCUCUACUACUUGAGAAAAUUUGAAGUGUUUCUAGUUAAAUUACCCCCCUCUGGAGCAAUCUAAUGUUUCUUAUAAUAUCGAUGAUCCUACUCAUUAUCCUGCUGUUCUUUAAUUAAUGCUUAAUGAAUAAUAUGGCACUUUAAAAUAGCUUCUGCAGCAAGGGAAGUUAAAUUUUGAGACUUUUUUUUUUUACCAAAGGAUACUAUAAUACAAUUGCCAAUUCACAAUGAUAAAAAAUAGUGUGGAGGGUUAAUUGUCUGCUGUCCACCUAUCUGUAUAUACUUAUAAUAAAUCAGUAUUGUUGCCUGUG